ACAUUUCGAAUAGUAUAUUUUUUACUUAACUCAAAGAAAUCGUAAAUUUUAAUACACAAUGCAUUCGCAGCUGCUUUGUACAAUACUGUCAUGAUUCACCAUAGAAUUGAUAAUAACUUUGUUUCCGUGUUAUUUGUGCUUCGUUUACACUUACAUUCUGUGAUUCGUGUUCAAUUAUCAGUUGAAUCUACGCAGUGUGUGUGUUCGUUUCGACAAGUACGGUGAUAUUCAAACGCCACAAUGAAUUUUCGUUGAGUGCACCAAAUUUUUUUUUUUGUAAAUAAUGAGGAAUUAUUCACGAUCAUCCGAUUACCAAUUAAUAGAUGAAAUUCAAUUUCAUCAAGAAUUAUUUAUUGACAAUCAAGAUGACUUAAAAAUAAACCUUUAUGGUUACCAAAACCAUAAAUUGCGGACGUUAUUGUAUCACUUAUUUUGCAUAACUUUUUUGGGGGUUCCUUAUGUUAUAUUUGAAAGUAACCCCCAAUUGAAGGCUGUGAAGUUUAAAAAGUGCCAUUUAAACACUGCCAAUGUUUUGUUAGUUGAGGAUCCUUACGGGAAAUACAGUAUAAUAAAAGUUGACACUGAUAGACUGAAAGUGCCCAAUUUGGGCCCAUACGUUUUAAGAUAUUUUUUCUACCAACACACGAAAUUCGUAUGGAACCAAGAGACGGAGGCUUUCACCUCCUUGGACCGUUUCAUACCCGCCACAAAAGUGGACGACUACUUAAAUGAUACCACUGGACUUUUUGAUAUUGACUAUUUAGACUUAACGAAAUUAUUUGGACCAAACAAAAUACACAUCGAGAUUAAAUCCUACUGGAAACUAUUUGUAGAGGAAGUAUUCAAUGCGUUUUAUAUGUUCCAAGUGUUCUCAGUUGCACUGUGGUGCUUUGACGACUACAUGUUUUAUGCUGGCUGUGUCGUAGUCUUGACUCUUUUCUCCAGUAUUGUUUCAUUAAUACAAACUAGAAGGCAAAGUGAGUCUCUUCACGAGCUCGUGGAACAAUCAGUAUGUCACCAGGUGAAGGUGGUGCGGCAGAAUUUGCUCUGCGACAGUCACGAACUAAAUCUUGAUCCUGCUGAGCUGGUACCAGGGGACCUGAUUAUAUUGCCGCCUAAUAAUUUCAUUCUGCCUUGCGACGCUGUCCUGUUGACCGGUCAAUGUAUUGUCAACGAAAGUGUUCUCACAGGCGAAAGCGUGCCUGUUACGAAAACCGCCUUGCACUCUAGCGAAGAGGAAUACUCGAUAGUCACCCACAAAAGGCACACUUUAUUCUCAGGCACCACUUUGCUACAAACUAGAAAUUACGGAGGUGACAAUGUUGUGGCGAGGGUGGUGAGAACUGGUUUUUACACCACCAAAGGUGCUCUGAUCAAAAGCAUAUUGUUCCCCUCACCUGUCAAUCUACAGUUCCAAAAGGACAGUUACAAAUUUAUCUUUUUUUUGUUCGUUAUCGCUUCUUUUGGUAUGAGUUAUUGCCUUUAUAUGUACAUUUCCAGACAUGCUCAUUUGAAAGAUACAAUUACUAGGGCCUUGGAUAUUAUUACGAUUGUGGUACCACCAGCACUGCCUGCUGCAAUGGCUAUAGGCACAGUUUAUAGUCAGGACAGGUUGAAAAAAAUCGGCAUUUUUUGUACUAGUCCACCAAAAAUUAACGUAUGUGGGAAAAUUAAGCUCGCAUGUUUCGAUAAGACUGGAACACUGACACACGACUCCUUGGACAUGAAUUCGGUGGUGCCCUGCGAAAACGCCCGUCUAUCUGAACCGGUAGAUCACAUUUCCUAUUUAGAUUACAAAAGUAAAUUGGUGCAGGCAAUGGCUUGUUGUCAUUCCCUGACGCAAAUCGACGGUGAACUGAACGGAGACCCACUCGAACUCAACAUGUUCGAAUUCACCAAUUGGAAAUUUGAAGAGCCCGGUGACGACGAAAACGCCCGCUUCAACAUGUUUGCGCCUACGGUCGUGUCGCCAGGACCACAGGCCAAUUCGCAAAAUACGGAUGAAUUUUACCAAAUCGGUAUUAUAAGGCAAUUUCCGUUUUCCUCCACAUUGCAAUGCAUGUCUGUGAUAAUUAGGAACUUGGAGGAACCAAAUAUGAUUGCAUUUACUAAAGGUGCUCCCGAAAAAAUUAUGGCCAUUUGUAAAAAGGAAACUUUGCCUAAUAAUUAUUCUAUGGUGCUCUCAAACUACACAGUACAAGGUUAUAGAGUGAUUGCUGUUGCGUAUAAACCCCUAUCAGAAAAAUUCAGUUUUAAACAGUCGCAGAAGGUGAAAAGAAAUGUGAUUGAGUGUGACCUGACAUUUUUGGGAUUUUUAAUAAUGCAAAACCCGUUGAAAAGUGAAACGAAAAGGGUAAUGAAUAAAUUACACAACGCCAACAUUAGAACUGUCAUGAUAACUGGUGAUAAUGUAUUGACUGCAAUUGCUGUCGCCCGAAACUGUGAUAUGGUGAAGCUGGAUGAGCAAAUUUAUCCGCUUGUAACUGUGGAAAACACCAAUUCCAACAUUCCGUUACUCACAUUGGAAAAUAACAUUGGUUACAAUACAUGUAAUUUAUCCAUUGACUUAAACAAUGCCCAUUUGGCAAUAGACGGCAAAGUCUGGGACAUACUAAGACAAUACUACAUAGAUAUAAUUCCACAAAUUUUAACCAGGACCACAAUUUUCGCCAGAUUUCAACCUGACCAAAAGGCCCAACUGAUUAAGGCAUUUCAAAAAAUGGACUAUGUCGUAUCAAUGGUUGGAGAUGGAGCUAACGACUGUGGUGCAUUGAAGGCUGCUCACAUUGGGGUUUCUUUGUCCCAAGCUGAAGCCAGUGUGGCGGCACCUUUUACCUCCUCAAUUAACGACAUUUCCUGUCUCAUUCAUUUAAUGCUUGAAGGCCGUUGUGCAUUGGUCACCAGUUUUGCAAUAUUUAAAUACAUGGCAUUAUACAGUCUUAUACAGUUUAUAACCAUUCUGAUAUUAUACCAUCACCGUUCCAUCCUUGGUGAUUUCCAGUUUUUGUAUAUUGACUUGGUAAUAACCACUGCACUGGCAGUGACAAUAGGUCGACAAGGACCUUCGGAGAUCUUGUGCAGCAAACGUCCGAUUGGUUCUUUGAUAUCUACAAAAAAUACCAUACCUUUGAUACUACAGAUCAUCGGUUGCGCUCUGGUUCAGCUUGGUGCUCUAUACUAUUUAUCUUUGCAGGAAUGGUUUGAACCUAUUCCUGAUAAGGUACAUGAGGAAGUCAUUGUAUCGUGGGAAAAUACAGUUUUGUUUACAGUAUCCUGUUUUCAAUACAUUAUUAUAGCCAUAGUUUAUUCCAAAGGGAAACCUUACAGGAAACCCUUGUGGACUAAUUUUUGGUUUAUAUUGAGCGCGUUGUUGCUGUCCGUCUUUACAGGAUGGAUUAUGAUUUAUCCAUGCAAAGAAGUGGCGAAAUUCAUGGAUAUUAUUUACGUCCAUGACAAUUCACGGAACCAAAUUGCAUUUAAAUGCAUUUUACUCGGAUUUCCUUUGGCUCACAUAAUUCUAGCAGUGCUGAUUGAAAAUGGCAUAGGAGAUCGACAUUGGUUCAAAAAAAUCAUUCAUUGUAUAACAAGGAAAACGACUCCAAAGAAUAGGUACAAAAUGUUAAUAGAAAGUAGGGAUUUUGAAGGCUGGUUGAAUUUUGACCACCAGGAAAUACGGAUACGUCCGACGAACGAUAAUAUCUCAUUUUUAUGAUAUAUAGAAAUAUGUAUAGGGUUAAGAAUAAAUUUUUCGUUUGU